AGUUUGUCACUCGAAGUUCACCUGCGGACAGACAAACACAUAAUAUCACGGUGUACAAUUAAAUACAUAACUCGUGAGAAAAUGAAGCCGACAAUUCUUGUAUUGCUAGCCCUCGUUGCUGUGAGUCAUGGUAUCGAACAAUCUAAUUACGAUAUAAGCCGGAAGAAAGUAGCAGGACCUCAAAGUGGUGUAAACUCGCUGAACUAUGACCUCAGCAGAACCGGCCUAAACGCCGCCAGAAAUGGUUUCGGAAUAAGAGACAUAUGGCACUAUUUGAUAGGAGGUGGAUACGGGCAGGGGUACCCGGGUGGGUACUACCCCGGGGGCUACAGACCCGGGAAUUACCCGGGCGGGUACAGGCCACCGGGGCCGCCCGGCGCUCAUCCCAACUGCCCGCUCUGUGACUCCUCCGUCUACGACUACUGCAGCUACAAGCAGGCACAUGAUUCGUGCUGCUGCGAAAACUCCGGAUACGGCCCCUUCCUAUGCCGUAUGAGCGACUGCAGGAGUAUCUACGCCAACUCGUGCGAGGAAUAUUACCUUAUUUCGAGUUGCUGCUGUGUCGACGUACAAAGGAAUGCAAUGCCCAUAGCUGUACCAGUUGUCGCUUGAAACAAAAUAUUCUUUUGAGAAUAAGUAUUAAGACGUAUACUAAUUAAUAUAACUAAUAGUUAUAGUCAUAUCGAUCAAUGACAGUGAUUAAACUAGCUUAUACUUAAAGUCAAUUAUUUAGAUUGUAAUUUAAGGGUCAACGCAAACAGAGAGGUUUACAGGGAGAAAAUAUUACUUAAGUAGUAAAAAGUUGUUGAAAUAAAGUGCAUAAUUUUUAUCAAACCUGACCGAAAUAGACUUUAUCUCAAUAAUUUCAAAUUAACUGAAUUAUUCUUGUCUGUGCUGACCCUAAAAAGUAAAAGAGAAAACUAGAUUAGAUAUUGUUUAGAAUAGAACAUUAAACAAGAGUCUGAGACUGUUAAGUAUAGUAAUUUUGAAAUAGUUGUACUUUGUACUUUCGUAUAAUACAAUUAUUUAUAAUACUACAAUAAGUGUGCCUGGUUUUUAAACUCGUGUUAAUUUUAAU